UGACCCAUAGCCUCACCCUGCCGGUUUUGACAUGUUCCUGUCCGUUCCGGCCUAAACCAGAUAAAUUCGAUAACCGGAUCCAUUCAACUGGAAUCCUGCUUCCAUGUAAUCUCCGGAAUACUACGGAACCGGCCGUUUCCGUGCCGGAUUGCUCGACCUGGAUAUGGAUGAUGGUAAAUAAAUUAGUUCUAUAUUAACAAAAUUAUUUUUUUUCUAUUUAAGCUUCUCGAUCAAUUUCAAAUGAUGAUAAAGAUGAAAAUGAAGAGAUUCAAGAUCAGCUCAAUGAAAACGGUGAUGAAUAUUCAAGUGAGAGCGAAGAAAUUCCAAAUCAGCUCAAUGAAAAUGAUUACAUGAUAAUCGAAAAUGACUUUAAGGAAAAUAAUAAUGAAGCAAAUCGAGAUGAUCUUAAGGAAGAAGGCAAUACCCAAGCAGAAGUAAAAACUCGACUUAUAGAAGCCAGUCCAACAAAAAGUUCUUCAACCAUUAUUAGUACGUGA